AGCUGUAGUGAUAUUCUGGUCUGGACCUUCUCCCUGACAGCAGCCAGUUGUCUUAUAACAGUAGGUGGCACAGACAGUGGAUCUUGUCCUGGGAAAGGAAUUACAAAUUUGUGGCAACUACACUGACGGCAUCACAAGCCUUUGUGAAUAAAGUGUUACAGUGGUGGUGUCAUUCGUGGACAAAAAAAAAAAAAAAUCAUGCUCAUGGACUGGAGGAGACCAGACUGUACUGGAUUGAAUGUGUGUGAAGAACAAAGUGUGCAAAAGAAAAAAAGGAAGCUCAAUCCCUAAGGAGAGACUCUUGGUGUUGGUGCCAUGGAUCACACAAGCCCAGGCAGCCUCCACAGCUGAGAGACUGCCCUGAAAAUGGAGGUCUUCAACCCUGGCUGCAUCUCCAGAGGCGAAACUGUCUGGGUGGAAUCUAUCAAACUUUGAGCGUCUUCUCGUAAACAACUGGUUGCCGUCAGAAUGCGAAAGCAGCCUUAGCGAAGGAUGCUCUCUACAAUGCAAACUGGGCACUUACACAAAUGAAGUAUGUAGCACCAUUCACAACAUCUGAAACAGAGACUAGGCCAGUAUGGAAGAGCAGACUACCACUGUAAUUCAGAUUUACAUAAAUGGCACUGAGCAGUUCAAUGCUUCUUAUGACUUCAACCUAACUGAUGUGAAAGAAAGCAUAGACACCUAUGAGUUUUACAUCAUCGGCCUGUUUCUCUCCUGCCUGUACACCAUAUUCCUGUUCCCCAUUGGCUUCAUUGGGAACAUCCUCAUUUUGGUGGUCAACCUCAACCAUAGGGACAAGAUGACCAUCCCUGAUCUGUACUUCGUCAACCUGGCCGUGGCGGACCUUAUUCUGGUGGCAGACUCGCUCAUCGAAGUCUUCAAUCUCAAUGAGAAGUACUAUGACUACGCUGUCCUCUGUACCUUCAUGUCGCUGUUCCUCCAGGUGAACAUGUACAGCAGCAUCUUCUUCCUAACAUGGAUGAGUUUCGACCGAUACAUUGCUCUGGCUAGCUCUAUGAGCAGCAGUCCACUGCGAACCAUGCAGCACGCCAAACUCAGCUGCUGCCUCAUCUGGAUGGCCUCCAUCCUGGCGACUCUGCUUCCUUUCACCAUCGUGCAGACCCAACACACCGGCGAGGUACACUUCUGCUUUGCCAAUGUUUUUGAGAUCCAGUGGCUCGAGGUGACGAUCGGAUUUCUGGUGCCCUUCUCCAUCAUCGGCCUGUGCUACUCCCUGAUCGUCCGCAUCCUCAUGCGGGCCCAGAAGCAUAAAGGACUGUGGCCACGCCGGCAGAAGGCUCUGCGCAUGAUUGUGGUGGUGGUGCUGGUGUUCUUUAUUUGCUGGCUGCCCGAGAAUGUUUUCAUUAGCAUUCAACUGCUCCAAGGCACAGCUGACCCAUCGAAACGCAGCGACACCACACUGUGGCAUGACUACCCCUUGACUGGACACAUCGUCAACCUGGCUGCGUUCUCCAACAGCUGCCUAAAUCCGAUCAUUUACAGCUUCCUCGGGGAGACUUUCAGAGACAAGCUGCGGCUCUUCAUCAAGCGGAAAGCCAGCUGGUCUGUGGUCUACCGCUUCUGUAAUCACACCCUGGAUUUGCACAUCCCUGUCAGGAGCGAGUCGGAAGUGUAGCGCAGGUGUGGCAACCUGCAGUUCCUGAAGUUGUCUCGCUUCCAGAACUCGAUCAUGAAUUGACAGAGAGAGAUCUUUGGGUUAGCUUGACGCUGUGAACACUGCCAGAUUCUUAUUUGUUGGCUGAGCGAAACAAGGAUUAUACAGGGUGAAUCACCUGCUGAUGAAGUGGAUUAUAAAACACGGAAACAGAGCUUGGCCUUAGGCUGCCUUUUACAGAUGAUUGAAAUCAUAGGACAGCAUGUCUCAAUGAAGACUAUUAUAGAAUGAUAGUCUCUGAGUCCAUUUUAAGGGAACAAAUAAAGUCAUGGAAGCACCUGCGACCCAUUAUCAAUCCGAUUCAUUGCUAUAUGUUCUCCAGUUUAUAUAUUAAUGUAACUGAAACUUGAUCUGUUCUGUUUCAAGUCUGAAUAAAUGCAAAUUUU